AUGGUCCAUCCCGGCGUUCAGUCGACAUUCCAAAAAUUGUCGGAAGGUCGUAAAGAGUACAGAUACAUCAUAUUUAAAAUCGAGGAACGCGAGGUUAUCGUCGAAGCUGCCGUGACUCCGGAAGAGCUCGGCAUUACUUCUGAUGACUACGACGACUCGUCGAAGGCAGCUUUUGAAAAGUUUGUCGAAGACAUCAAAGCGAGAACGGAUAAUCUCCAAGAUUGCCGUUACGCGGUCUUCGAUUUCAAGUUCACGUGCAGCCGUGUCGGCGCCGGAACCUCUAAGAUGGACAAGAUCGUCUUCCUUCAGAUCUGCCCUGAUGGAGCUUCAAUCAAGAAGAAAAUGGUAUACGCUUCAUCUGCGUCGGCUAUCAAAGCCUCUCUGGGAACUGGCAAGAUCCUUCAGUUCCAGGCUUCUGGAGUCAAAGUCGACGCAUCGUGCAAGAACGCCUAUGAUCUGCUUCACAAUAAGCAUCAACACAGUUACAUUAUUUUCAAGAUUGACAAGAAUGACACUGCGAUCGUUGUCGAGAAGGUCGGCGACAAGAACGCCCCUUAUUCGGAGUUCGUUGAGGAGCUUAAGAAGCUAGUUGAGAGUGGAAAAGAAUGUAGAUAUGCCGCCGUUGAUGUCGAGGUCACGGUUCAGCGUCAGGGUGCUGAAGGCUCAAGCACCUUGAGCAAGGUCAUCUUCGUCCAAUAUUGUCCGGAUAAUGCUCCAGUCCGCAAACGUAUGCUUUACGCAUCCUCGGUUCGCGCUCUCAAGGCUUCUCUUGGCCUUGAAUCGCUGUUCCAAGUUCAAGCUUCCGAGUUGUCCGAUUUGGAUGAGAAGGUUGUCAAGAGCAACUUGAUGUCCCACCAGAGAACUUGA